UAUAAAAUCUAGAAAUGCACGUCUCAUCACAACAUUACCGAUCAAAGUCACUAGAUAACAUCUAUCAUGGCCAGUGUUAACAUUCUGUGUCUGUUCGCGUUGCUCGCAUGUGCCACUGCCUACCCGUACAAUGUUUACAGGAGGUCUGCGCCUCAAAAGGCGGUCAUGUUCGGAGGAUACUAUGGCCAUCCCUUGUCGAGACGCUCAUACGUUCCUCCAACAAUGACCAUGUUCGCAGCUGGUGGUAGUGGUGACGCCGUUGCCACAAACUCCUUCAUCGGAGGCCAAUACGGCGCACCCACCCAGGACGAAUACGCUUCUGCUGCACAGGAAGAUUAUCCUAUCCAAGCCAACCAACAGGACGAUUCUUUCGCUGUUCCUGAACAAACACCCAUCGAGACUCCUCAGGAACAAUCUGCCGACGAACAACAAAUCCCAGUAACUCAACAACCACUCCAACCAUUCCAACCCCAAGAGCCAGUAGCCGAAGAAGAACCAGCAGCCGAAGACGAAGAGGAAGCCAUCGCACCCACCACCGUCAAACCCAAGAAGACUGUAAGACGCAAACAAAAACCAAAAACCGUAAUCGUUCAAGAAGACGAAGAAGACGAUGAUGACGAACAAGUCGCAUGGCCCUUCGGAGGACGCGGCUACAACGCCUUCUUCCCAAUUUCCUUCGGUCUGACCCGUUCGGGUGGAAGACAAAGUCUGGAUGAAGAUGGCAGUUACCCAGCCGGGUCCGCCACUGCGAUCGCCAACUCUUUCAGCACCGGUAAGGGAGGUGUUGCAUCCAGUCACGCCACUGCUUUCGGAGAUCCGGCUCUUAGCCAGUACUUUUUGAGGAAGAACUUGAAGAAAAACAAAAACUUAGUUAAUCGCCAUGAAUAGACCUAUUAAAUUAAAUGUUUAUAUUUAUUAAUAAGAAAAUAAAAUCUCUACUAUAAAUAA